GUGGACACACAAGCAGGAAUAUCUCAGAAGGACAUCUAAUGUUAUCCCCGGAUUGUGAAAUAAAAGAUUAUGACAGUAGACAGGAUUCUCCAGGAGAUAACCCCAUUACCUCAAUUAUACAUCCAGCUCUAUCAGCUGGUCCCUCUGAUCCUGGGAAAUGUUCUCCUGAUCACUCUGAUAUUGGUGCAUCUGUUACAGCUCUGACAGUAAAUACAGAGUUUCCCUGUUCUAUAGAUACCACAUGUUUUACACAGAACACAAAGCUUAUUACCCAUCAGGCAGCUAAGGCAGGUGAGAGGCCACUGAUAUGUUCUGACUGUGGGAAAUGUUUUACCUGCAAAUCACAACUUGUUUCACAUCAGUGCAGACACAAAGGUCAGAAGCCAUUUCCAUGUUCUGAGUGUGGGAAAUGUUUUACAGAGAAAUCACAUCUUGUUACACAUCAGAGACGUCACACAGGUGAGAACCUAUUACCAUGUUCUGAGUGUGGGAAAUGUUUUACACUGAAAUCACAUCUUGUUACACAUCAGCGAAAUCACACUGGUGAAAAGCCAUUUCCAUGUUCUGAGUGCGGGAAAUGUUUCACCCGGAAAUCCCAACUUGUUAAACAUCAGCGAAGUCACACAGGUGAGACUCCAUUUCCAUGUUCUGAGUGUGGGAAAUGUUUUACAUACAAAUCACUUCUUGUAAUACAUAAGAGAAUACAUACAGGUGAGAAACCAUAUUCCUGUUCUGAGUGUGGGAAAUGUUUUACAUACAAAUCAACUCUUGAUGCACAUAAGAGAAGUCACACAGGUACAUCACCAUUUCCAUGUUCUGAGUGUGGGAAAUAUUUUGCACAGAAAUCACAACUUGCUAGACAUCAAAGAAUUCACACAGGUGAGAGGCCAUUUCCAUGUUCUGACUGUGGAAAAUGUUUUGUACAGAAAUCAGUUCUUGUUGCACAUCAGAGAAGUCACACAGGUGAGAAACCAUUUCCAUGUCUUGAGUGUGGGAAAUGUUUUGCACACAAAUCAGAUCUUGUUAGUCAUAACAGAAGUCACACAGCUGAGAAGCCAUUUCCAUGUCAUAAGUGUGGGAAAUGUUUUACACACAAAUCAGAUCUGGUUAGUCAUAACAAAAGUCACACAGGUGAGAAGGCAUUUUCUUGCUCUGAGUGUGGGAAAUGUUUUGCCCGGAAAUCAGACCUUGUUAGACAUCAGCGAAGUCACACAGGUGAGAAGCCAUUUUCUUGCUCUGAGUGUGGGAAAUGUUUUGCCCAGAAAUCAGAACUUGUUAGACAUCAGCGAAGUCACACAGGUGAGAGGCCAUUUCCAUGUCCUGAGUGUGGGAAAUGUUUUGCACACAAAUCAGAUCUUGUUAGACAUCAGCAAAGUCACACAGGUGAGAAGCCAUAUUUUUGCUCUGAGUGUGGGAAAUGUUUUACACAGAAAUCAUAUCUUGUUAUACAUCACAGAAGUCACACAGGUGAGAAGCCAUUUCCAUGUUCUGAGUGUGGGAAAUGUUUUGCAGACAACUCAGCUCUCGUUAUACAUCACAGAAAUCACACAGGUGAGAAGCCAUAUUCCUGUUCUGAGUGUGGGAAAUGUUUUGCACAGACAUCCGCUUUUGUUACACAUCAGAAAAGUCACACAGGUGAGAAGCCAUAUUCCUGUUCUCAGUGUGGGAAAUGUUGUGCAUAUAAAUCAAAUCUUGUUAUACAUCAGAGAAGUCACACAGGUGAGAAGCCAUAUUCCUGUUCUGAGUGUGGGAAAUGUUUUACACAGAAAUCAGAUCUUGUUACACAUCAGAGAAGUCACACAGGUGAGAAGCCAUAUUCCUGUUCUGAGUGUAGGAAAUGUUUUCCACGGAAAUCAGAACUUGUUACACAUCAGAGAAGUCACACAGGUGAGAAGCCAUAUUCCUGUUCUGAGUGUAGGAAAUGUUUUCCACGGAAAUCAGAACUUGUUACACAUCAGAGAAGUCACACAGGUGAGAAGCCAUAUUCCUGUUCUGAGUGUGGGAAAUGUUUUGCACAGACAUCAGCUUUUGUUACACAUCAGAGAAGUCACACAGGUGAGAAGCCAUAUACCUGUGCUGAGUGUAGGAAAUGUUUUUCACGGAAAUCAGAUCUUGUUAUACAUCAGAGAAGUCACACAGGUGAGAAGCCGUACGUCUGUUCUGAGUGUGGGAAAUGUUUUGCAUGGAAAUCAAAUCUUGAUACACAUAAGAGGAGUCACACAGGUGAGAAGCCAUAUUCCUGUUCUCAGUGUGGGAAAUGUUUUGCAUCAAAAUCAUAUCUUGUUACACAUCAGAAAAGUCACACAGGUGAGAAGCCAUAUUCCUGUUCUGAGUGUGGGAAAUGUUUUGCAUAUAAAUCAAAUCUUGUUACACAUCAGAGGAGUCACACAGGUGAGAAGACAUUUUCCUGUUCUGAGUGUGGGAAAUGCUUUACAUUUAAAUCAUAUCUUGUUAUACAUCAGAGAAGUCACACAGGUGAGAAGCCAUAUUCGUGUACUGAGUGUGGGAAAUGUUUUGCAUUGAAAUCAGUUCUUGUUACACAUCAGAGAAGUCACACAGGUGAGAAGCCGUAUUCCUGUACUGAGUGUGGAAAAUGUUUUGCAUUGAAAUCAAUUCUUGUUACACAUCAGAAAAGUCACACAGGUGAGAAGCCAUAUUCCUGUUCUGAGUGUGGGAAAUGUUUUGCAUAUAAAUCAAAUCUUGUUACACAUCAGAGAAGUCACACAGGUGAGAAGCCAUAUUCCUGUUCUGAGUGUAGGAAAUGUUUUACACAGAAAUCAGAUCUUGUUACACAUCAGAGAAGUCACACAGGUGAGAAGCCGUACUUCUGAAAUGUUUUGCAUGGAAAUCAGUUCUUGUUAAACAUCAGCGAUUUCACAGGUGAGAAGCCAUUUUCAUGCUGAGAGAUAAAUAAAUCCGCUCUUGUUGAACAUAUUAGACAUUACCGAAGUACGGGACCAUUUAAAUCUUCUGGAGUAUAAUCAUCACUGUCGUGCAAUGCUCCUCAAGGGUCAAUCCUAUCUCCUAUGCUUUAUAAAAUAUACAUGCUACCACUAGGUGAUAUAAUCAGACAUCAUGGCCUGGUCUGCCACUGCUAUGCAGAUGACCUGCUUUUUGCUCCAUGUACUGAGAACCUAAUACCAAUAAAUGGUUGUCUAGCUGAGCACCACGGGUGAAUGAUGCCAGCCCAGCAUUACAUGGUCCAAGGUACUAGAAGCAGCUUCUGCCUCCUUACUGCCCUGCUGGCUUCUACAGAUGAAGGACUGUUACCAGCAGUACCAAGAAUCUUCUGUCAUUCAUUUAAGGGUUGAACGUUUAGCUUUGCAGGCCUGACCAUGGAACUCACUGCCUUGCACAGUCCAAGAGACCUCCACUCUACGACUUUCACAAACAGGCUGAUGACUUAUUCACGCUUUUCAUUAAUGUACCUCUAUUUACUUCCUAAAUAAUACAUCCCAAAUGCUUAGGUCUUUUUUCUGCUGUUUUAUUUUGUAUCUUGUGCUUUGUGUAAAUGUGAAUGUCUAAUACCAGUUUGCACAAUCUGUAUUGCUGCACAACAAUAUGGCGCCCAUUGGAACGUGUUUUCAAUUCUAGUUUGCCUAACUUGUUCCUGACACUCAUCUUGAUAAGGAGUGUCCAGUGUUUUCUGAUACAAGAUCCUAUCCAUAUAUACCCUGUACAUUAUCAUGUGCAUUAUAGUCACCCGGGUUUCAUCUGCGGUGGUUUGUUGUAUGUUACAUCUAUAUGGUGCGGAUACUCCCCUGUAUGAUUUCAUAAUAAAAGCUUUUG